CAGCGGGGAGGGGCCGCCCCCGGAUCGAUGGGGGAUGUGAGGUGCAGGGAGAGGGGACCAGAGGGGGGUACUCAGCAGUUGGUGCUGCGCCAUCCCUUCCCAGCAGGCGGCCCGGACACUGGUUCACUUCUCUCCCCACGCCUUCCCCUGGUUCACCCCCCUUCCUUCCCCUUUCUCCCCCUCUGUUAAGUCCCUCCCCCUCGCCAUUCAAAAGGGCUGGCUCGGCACUGGCUCCUUGCAGUCGGCGAACUGUCGGGGCGGGAGGAGCGGUGAGCAGUAGCUGCACUCAGCUGCCCGCGCGGCAAAGAGGAAGGCAAGCCAAACAGAGUGCGCAGAGUGGCAGUGCCAGCGGCGACACAGGCAGCACAGGCAGCCCGGGCUGCCUGAAUAGCCUCAGAAACAACCUCAGCGACUCCGGCUGCUCUGCGGACUGCGAGCUGUGGCGGUAGAGCCCGCUACAGCAGUCGCAGUCUCCGUGGAGCGGGCGGAAGCCUUUUUUCUCCCUUUCGUUUACCUCUUCAUUCUACUCUAAAGGCAUCGUUAUUAGUGGAAUUGAUUCAACAUCGCUGGGAACUGGGAAGGGAAGAAAGAGUAUGCUGUAAAAAUACAUUUUUCAUCAAAGACAUAUAUACAUAUUACCUUUGGGAAAAAUAAAAUACUUUGGAACAUUUAAUUGGAUUGACUUUAUAUUACAACAUUCCAAAUUACAUGUCAUUGUCUGAGCAGAAUUCUAUUAUUUGAAGACUUUAUUGAUCAUUCAGUAUCCAGAAUGAAGAAAACUAGAGGGUGCUUAAAAAGUACAGAUCAACUGGAUGGAUGAAUGGAUGGAAGAGGAUGGAAUAUCUUAACAAAACACAUUUUCCUUAAGUAAAUUCAUGCAUACUCCAAAUUAAAUACAGAAUGUGAAGUAUCUCUGAACUGUGCUGUUGAAUAUGGUAGCUACUAGCUACAUGAAAAUCCUGUUGUGAAUAAGAAGGAUUCCACAGAUCACAUACCAGAGAGGUUUUGCCUCAGCUGCUCUCAACUUUGUAAUCUUGUGAAGAAGCUGACAAGCUUGGCUGAUUGCAGAGCACUAUGAGGACUGAACGACAGUGGGUUUUAAUUCAGAUAUUUCAAGUGUUGUGCGGGUUAAUACAACAAACUGUAACAAGUGUACCUGGUAUGGACUUGUUGUCCGGGACGUACAUUUUCGCGGUCCUGCUAGCAUGCGUGGUGUUCCACUCUGGCGCCCAGGAGAAAAACUACACCAUCCGAGAAGAAAUGCCAGAAAACGUCCUGAUAGGCGACUUGUUGAAAGACCUUAACUUGUCGCUGAUUCCAAACAAGUCCUUGACAACUGCUAUGCAGUUCAAGCUAGUGUACAAGACCGGAGAUGUGCCACUGAUUCGAAUUGAAGAGGAUACUGGUGAGAUCUUCACUACUGGCGCUCGCAUUGAUCGUGAGAAAUUAUGUGCUGGUAUCCCAAGGGAUGAGCAUUGCUUUUAUGAAGUGGAGGUUGCCAUUUUGCCGGAUGAAAUAUUUAGACUGGUUAAGAUACGUUUCCUGAUAGAAGAUAUAAAUGAUAAUGCACCAUUGUUCCCAGCAACGGUUAUCAACAUAUCAAUUCCAGAGAACUCGGCUAUAAACUCUAAAUAUACUCUCCCAGCGGCUGUUGAUCCUGACGUAGGAAUAAACGGAGUUCAAAACUACGAACUAAUUAAGAGUCAAAACAUGUUUGGCCUCGAUGUCAUUGAAACACCAGAAGGAGACAAGAUGCCACAACUGAUUGUUCAAAAGGAGUUAGAUAGGGAAGAGAAGGAUACCUACGUGAUGAAAGUAAAGGUUGAAGAUGGUGGCUUUCCUCAAAGAUCCAGUACUGCUAUUUUGCAAGUAAGUGUUACUGAUACAAAUGACAACCACCCAGUCUUUAAGGAGACAGAGAUUGAAGUCAGUAUACCAGAAAAUGCUCCUGUAGGCACUUCAGUGACACAGCUCCAUGCCACAGAUGCUGACAUAGGUGAAAAUGCCAAGAUCCACUUCUCUUUCAGCAAUCUAGUCUCCAACAUUGCCAGGAGAUUAUUUCACCUCAAUGCCACCACUGGACUUAUCACAAUCAAAGAACCACUGGAUAGGGAAGAAACACCAAACCACAAGUUACUGGUUUUGGCAAGUGAUGGUGGAUUGAUGCCAGCAAGAGCAAUGGUGCUGGUAAAUGUUACAGAUGUCAAUGAUAAUGUCCCAUCCAUUGACAUAAGAUACAUCGUCAAUCCUGUCAAUGACACAGUUGUUCUUUCAGAAAAUAUUCCACUCAACACCAAAAUUGCUCUCAUAACUGUGACGGAUAAGGAUGCGGACCAUAAUGGCAGGGUGACAUGCUUCACAGAUCAUGAAAUCCCUUUCAGAUUAAGGCCAGUAUUCAGUAAUCAGUUCCUCCUGGAGACUGCAGCAUAUCUUGACUAUGAGUCCACAAAAGAAUAUGCCAUUAAAUUACUGGCUGCAGAUGCUGGCAAACCUCCUUUGAAUCAGUCAGCAAUGCUCUUCAUCAAAGUGAAAGAUGAAAAUGACAAUGCUCCAGUUUUCACCCAGUCUUUCGUAACUGUUUCUAUUCCUGAGAAUAACUCUCCUGGCAUCCAGUUGACGAAAGUAAGUGCAACGGAUGCAGACAGUGGGCCUAAUGCUGAGAUCAAUUACCUGCUAGGCCCUGAUGCUCCACCUGAAUUCAGCCUGGAUCGUCGUACAGGCAUGCUGACUGUAGUGAAGAAACUAGAUAGAGAAAAAGAGGAUAAAUAUUUAUUCACAAUUCUGGCAAAAGAUAACGGGGUGCCACCCUUAACCAGCAAUGUCACAGUCUUUGUAAGCAUUAUUGAUCAGAAUGACAAUAGCCCAGUUUUCACUCACAAUGAAUACAACUUCUAUGUCCCAGAAAACCUUCCAAGACAUGGUACAGUAGGACUAAUCACUGUAACUGAUCCUGAUUAUGGAGACAAUUCUGCAGUUACGCUCUCCAUUUUAGAUGAGAGUGAUGACUUCACCAUUGAUUCACAAACUGGUGUCAUCCGACCAAAUAUUUCAUUUGAUAGAGAAAAACAAGAAUCUUACACUUUCUAUGUAAAGGCUGAGGAUGGUGGUAGAGUAUCACGUUCUUCAAGUGCCAAAGUAACCAUAAAUGUGGUUGAUGUCAAUGACAACAAACCAGUUUUCAUUGUCCCUCCUUCCAACUAUUCUUAUGAAUUGGUUCUACCAUCCACUAAUCCAGGCACAGUGGUCUUUCAGGUAAUUGCUGUUGACAAUGACACUGGCAUGAAUGCAGAGGUUCGUUACAGUAUUGUAGGAGGAAACACAAGAGAUCUGUUUGCAAUCGACCAAGAAACAGGCAACAUAACAUUGAUGGAGAAAUGUGAUGUUACAGACCUUGGUUUACACAGAGUGUUGGUCAAAGCUAAUGACUUAGGACAGCCUGAUUCUCUCUUCAGUGUUGUAAUUGUCAAUCUGUUCGUGAAUGAGUCGGUGACCAAUGCUACACUGAUUAAUGAACUGGUGCGCAAAAGCAUUGAAGCACCAGUGACCCCAAAUACUGAGAUAGCUGAUGUAUCCUCACCAACUAAUGACUAUGUCAAGAUCCUGGUUGCAGCUGUUGCUGGCACCAUAACUGUCGUUGUAGUUAUUUUCAUCACUGCUGUAGUAAGAUGUCGCCAGGCACCACACCUUAAGGCUGCUCAGAAAAACAAGCAGAAUUCUGAAUGGGCUACCCCAAACCCAGAAAACAGGCAGAUGAUCAUGAUGAAGAAAAAGAAAAAGAAGAAGAAGCAUUCCCCUAAGAACCUGCUGCUUAACUUUGUCACUAUUGAAGAAACUAAGGCAGAUGAUGUUGACAGUGAUGGAAACAGAGUCACACUAGACCUUCCUAUUGAUCUAGAAGAGCAAACCAUGGGAAAGUACAAUUGGGUAACUACACCUACUACUUUCAAGCCCGACAGCCCUGAUUUGGCCCGUCACUACAAAUCUGCCUCUCCACAGCCUGCCUUCCAAAUUCAGCCUGAAACUCCCCUGAAUUCGAAGCACCACAUCAUCCAAGAACUGCCUCUCGAUAACACCUUUGUGGCCUGUGACUCUAUCUCCAAGUGUUCCUCAAGCAGUUCAGAUCCCUACAGCGUUUCUGACUGUGGCUAUCCAGUGACGACGUUCGAGGUACCUGUGUCUGUACACACCAGACCGCCAAUGAAGGAGGUUGUGCGAUCUUGCACCCCCAUGAAAGAGUCUACAACUAUGGAGAUCUGGAUUCAUCCCCAACCACAGCGGAAAUCUGAAGGGAAAGUGGCAGGAAAGUCCCAGCGGCGUGUCACAUUUCACCUGCCAGAAGGCUCUCAGGAAAGCAGCAGUGAUGGUGGACUGGGAGACCAUGAUGCAGGCAGCCUUACCAGCACAUCCCAUGGCCUGCCCCUUGGCUAUCCUCAGGAGGAGUACUUUGAUCGUGCUACACCCAGCAAUCGCACUGAAGGGGAUGGCAACUCCGAUCCUGAAUCUACUGCAGAAAUAACUGUUCAACCAACUGUGGAAGAGGCCUCUGACAACUGCACUCAAGAAUGUCUCAUCUAUGGCCAUUCUGAUGCCUGCUGGAUGCCGGCAUCUCUGGAUCAUUCCAGCUCUUUGCAAGCACAGGCCUCUGCUCUAUGCCACAGCCCACCACUGUCACAGGCCUCUACUCAGCACCACAGCCCACCAGUGACACAGACCAUUGCUCUCUGCCACAGCCCUCCAGUGACACAGACCAUCGCAUUGUGCCACAGCCCACCACCGAUACAGGUGUCUGCUCUCCGCCACAGUCCUCCUCUAGUGCAGGCUACUGCACUUCACCACAGCCCACCAUCAGCACAGGCCUCAGCCCUCUGCUACAGCCCUCCUUUAGCACAGGCUGCUGCAAUCAGCCACAGUUCUCCUCUGCCACAGGUUAUUGCCCUCCAUCGUAGUCAGGCCCAAUCAUCAGUCAGUUUGCAGCAAGGUUGGGUGCAAGGUGCUGAUGGACUAUGCUCUGUUGAUCAGGGAGUGCAAGGUAGUGCAACAUCUCAGUUUUACACCAUGUCUGAAAGACUUCAUGCCAGUGAUGAUUCAAUUAAAGUCAUUCCUUUGACAACCUUCACUCCACGCCAACAGGCCAGACCCUCCAGAGGUGAUUCCCCCAUUAUGGAAGAACAUCCCUUGUAAAGCUAAAAUAGUUACUUCAAAUUUUCAGAAAAGAUGUAUAUAGUCAAAAUUUAAGAUACAAUUCCAAUGAGUAUUCUGAUUAUCAGAUUUUUAAAUAACUAUGUAAAUAGAAACAGAUACCAGAAUAAAUCUACAGCUAGACCCUUAGUCAACAGUUAACCAAAAAAUUGCAAUUUGUUUAAUGCAGAAUGUGUAUUUAAAAAGAAAAGGAAUUUAACAAUUUGCAUCCCCUUGUACAGUAAGACUUAUCAUGACAGAGCGUACUAUUUCUGAUGUACAGUAUUUUUUGUUGUUUUUAUCAUCAUGUGCAAUAUUACUGAUUUGUUUCCAUGCUGAUUGUGUGGAACCAGUAUGUAGCAAAUGGAAAGCCUAGAAAUAUCUUAUUUUCUAAGUUUACCUUUAGUUUACCUAAACUUUUGUUCAGAUAACGUUAAAAGGUAUACGUACUCUAGCCUUUUUUUGGGCUUUCUUUUUGAUUUUUGUUUGUUUGUUGUUUUCAGUUUUUUUGUUGUUGUUAGUGAGUCUCCCUUCAAAAUACACAGUAGGUAGUGUAAAUACUGCUUGUUUGUGUCUCUCUGCUUUCAUGUUUUCUACCUUAUUCCAAUACUAUAUUGUUGAUAAAAUAUGUAUAUACAUUUUCAAUAAAGAAUAUGUAUAAACUGUACAGAUCUAGAUCUACAACCUAUUUCUCUACUCUUUAGUAGAGUUCGAGACACAGAAGUGCAAUAACUGCCCUAAUUAAGCAACUAUUUGUUAAAAAGGGCCUCUUUUUACUUUAAUAGUUUAGUGUAAAGUACAUCAGAAGUAAAACUGUAUCUGCCAUUUUAAGCCUGUAGUCCAUUAUUACUUGGAUCUUUACUUCUGGGAAUUUGUAUGUAACAGCCUAGAAAAUUAAAAGGAGGUGGAUGCAUCCAAAGCACGAGUCACUUAAAAUAUCGACGGUAAACUACUAUUUUGUAGAGAAACUCAGGAAGAUUUAAAUGUUGAUUUGACAGCUCAAUAGGCUGUUACCAAAGGGUGUUCAGUAAAAAUAACAAAUACAUGUAACUGUAGAUAAAACCAUAUACUAAAUCUAUAAGACUAAGGGAUUUUUGUUAUUCUAGCUCAACUUACUGAAGAAAACCACUAAUAACAACAAGAAUAUCAGGAAGGAACUUUUCAAGAAAUGUAAUUAUAAAUCUACAUCAAACAGAAUUUUAAGGAAAAAUGCAGAGGGAGAAAUAAGGCACAUGACUGCUUCUUGCAGUCAACAAGAAAUACCAAUAACACACACAGAACAAAACCCAUCAAAAUAUCAUAUAUGAAAUAAAAUAUAUUCUUCUAAGCAAAGAAACAGUACUAUUCAUGGAAAACAUUAGUUUUCUUCUGUUGUCUGUUAUUUCCUUCUUUUAUCCUCUUAACUGGCCAUUAUCUUGUAUGUGCACAUUUUAUAAAUGUACAGAAACAUCACCAAAUUAAUUUUCUUCCAUAGCAAAACUGAGAAAAUACCUUGUUUCAGUAUAACACUAAACCAAGAGACAAUUGAUGUUUAAUG